AAAAAAAAAGUCUGCAUUCCUCUCAGUCUAUUUUGAUCUGUGGAGCAGGGAGUAAGGGAAACGGUGUGGGAGUGGCUGAGAGGGAAGCAGAAGAGGACCACGAGAGGGAAGAGCGGAACGGAACGGCGUUGCCCGAAACAGUAAAACGUGCUGUUUUGUUUUGUUUUGUUCGUUUUGUUGUCCCUGGUGCAGAGGUUUUCAUUUUAAGGAAUUCAGGUGCAAGAGUGAGCACAGAAAAGCACUCCUCCCUGGGAUUAAACCUGUAACCUACUGAAUAUAAAUCCAGCACCUGCUGGUGUGUCCGUAGGGGAGCCUCUCUGACACGAUGGCGUUCCUGCUGAUGUUUGUGACUGUCCUGCACCUCAUUACAUUGGCCAUGCUCUUCAUCGCCACCAUGGAGAAGUCAUGGUGGUCUUGGGAUAAGACAAAGAAUUCUGAUCUCUGGUAUAACUGUCAUUAUGAUAACGGCUCUGGAGCCUGGAUGUGUACUUCAACUAAGGAGACUGAGUGGCUCCAAAGUGUCCAGGCCCUGAUGGUCCUCUCUGUGGUCUUCUGCUCCAUCUCCUUCCUGGUCUUCCUUGUUCAGCUUUUCUGCAUGUCAAAAGGAGGCCUCUUCUACAUCACUGGCCUCUGCCAGAUCUUUGCAGGUCUCACUGCCUUUGCUGCCUCCCUCAUCUAUACCCUCCACCACACAGAGAUUUUGGAGGGCGACGAGAAAACCGGGCAGUUUGGAUACUGCUUCAUCCUGGCCUGGGUUUGCGUCCCCCUCCUGCUGUGUAGUGGUGUGAUGUACGUCCAUCUGCGCAAGAAGGAGUGACACAGGGACCGCUGACCAACGGAGAGUGCUGGGCAGUUCUGCCAUGGGUGACCCUUUCUGGUGAUGUUGUGCUUUAUGGUAACAACUGAAAUGACAACUGAUCUAUCACGAUGGGAACAGAUUAGAGGGUAGAGGAGGGGCAGCCUCAGAUGAAUAGCUGUCACUUAACACUGAUAUUCGCAAUACAUCAUCAGCAAUUAGCCCCCUCUGUGUUUGGCAAAAACUUGCUAUUACAUGUAUUUUGACCAAGUGCAAAGUGUCUCAGUUUUUAUUCUUGAUUAAAGUUGUCAUUUAAUUGGUCCCACAGCUCAUUAGUAUUAAUCUAGCUAUGCAGAUGCUGACAGGUCUAAUCCUAUCUGUAGUCAGACUGUCUCAUGUUAUAAAAUCAGACAUCUAAGCAAACGGCUAGUUUAGGCCUAGAUCCACAGACAUCAUUUGAGUCAGAAUUUAAAGCUGCAUAUGAGCAGCACCUGUCAGGCUCCCAAACAGAAGCAAUGCCUACCGCGACUCUUCAUAACCCCCACGUCUUCGGGUCCCCCUGUCCUAAACCAUAUCUUUGUAAUUCUGUAUCGAUACAGUUUGCGUUUGCACACCAUACAAAGCAGUAUUAGGAAGCAAGAUCUUACUCAGUCUUGAAUUUUGGUCAACAUGAUCUUCUUUUGUUGUUAACAAUCUUGAAUUUUGGUGAAAGUCAAAGUCAUUCUCUUUUAUUGGUAAACAUUCUCAGCAGCUUACAAACCUUUUUCUUUGUUAGAACCCAUUGUUAUCAAUAGAGGGAUAUACAGGCAACAGCUGGCUUUGAAAGUGAUUGAAAACAAAGAAUGAAAUGUUCCCAGCAUAUCCAUCAGAAAAACGUAUCUGAUUAUAUUUGCAUUAUUAAAAACUACAGUAUAUACUAGCUAUAAGGCUUUUAAAAUAUGCUUUUUUAAAACACAGAAGGUAAAAACUGGGCAGCUAUGAAAUGUAUCUGUUGAUGUAUUGAUAAGAUAUAUAGUUCUAUAUUUAUAAGCUAUAUUCUGCUGGAGUAUGUAUAUACUGCACAUACUGCACAAGGCUUUUGUUUGCUAAUUUAUUUUCUGCUGUUAAUUUUCUAAUUUUUUCAAUAAAA